AGUGCCUUUGUGUCUGUAUUUCUCUCUCCCUCUCUCUUUACCUCUGUGUGUAUUUUGUCUCCUCCUCCCUCCAUGUGUGUCUUUCUUUCUUUGUAUCUCCCCGCUUCUAUUCCUUCCUUUGAUCUCUAGCCAAGGAACCUCCAAAAUUCCAGGCACUUCACAGAGCUGCCCUUGGUGUGUUCCUGCAUUGCCCAGUCAAGGGUAUCUCUGCCUGAGGUUGGAGAGAUGCUGUUACUCUUGGUGAUAUGAUUGCAUAGCAACACAGAAGCACAGGGUGGUGGAGGAGGAGAGACAGAGAGCAUGCACACAGCAGCGCUGAGCCUUAGCAUGCAUCCUUGUCACAGGGACUUCUUUGCUGAUUCACAGAGUCAGCCCCAAUCCCUGCCACUGAAGCCCAGCUGCUGCAUUCAUUUCAGACCUGACGGAAUCGGAAGGUGCCUGUGCCCAGAGAAGUCUCCAUUCCCAUGAACUUCCGUUCUGAUGCAGCCAGUGGUCAUGCAGGGAUGCUCCUAUACCCUCCCACGAUGUCAUGAGCAGCAUACAGCAGACCAGUCACAUUACAGCAGCACCACCUACUCACAGUCUCAGGUUAAAGCAGCAGAAGAUGGUGAAGGAGCGCCCUGUGUAACCCAGCAGGCUCCUGACAGUGCCCUCAGGCCCCAGACACCUCUGGAGAUGAAUCUUUGCUGGAAUGAAAUAAAAAAGAAAUCGCACAGUCUUCGGGCUCGUCUGGAGGCCUUUUCAGACCACAGCGGGAAGCUGCAGCUCCCCCUCCAGGAGAUCAUAGACUGGCUGGGUCAGAAGGAUGAAGAGCUGUCCGCACAGCUGCCACUCCGGGGAGACGUGCUCUUGGUGCAGCAGGAAAAAGAGACGCAUGCGGCUUUCAUGGAAGAAGUGAAGUCUCGGGGCCCGUAUAUUUAUUCCGUCCUGGAGUCGGCGCAGGCCUUCCUUUCCCAGCACCCAUUUGAGGAAUUAGAGGAACCAAAUUCUGAAAGUAAAGAUGUCUCUCCAAGGCACCGGGUCCAGAAUAUCAGCCGUUUUGUCUGGAAGCAGGCGAAUGUGGCCAGUGAGCUGUGGGAGAAGCUCACUGCCCGCUGUGUUGACCAACACCGUCAUAUUGAACGGACACUGGAGCAACUGCUGGAGGUCAAGGGAGCCAUGGAGGAGCUCAGCACAACUCUGGACCAGGCCGACAGUGUGCGAGAAACCUGGGAGCCCAUUGGAGACCUCUUCAUCGACUCAUUACCAGAGCACAUCCAGGCAACCAAGCUGUUUAAAGAGGAGCUCUCCCCCAUGAAGGACGGGGUGAAGCUAGUUAAUGACCUCGCACACCAGCUUGCUAUCUCAGAUGUGCAUCUGUCCAUGGAGAACUCCCGGGCUCUGGAGCAGAUCAACACCCGAUGGAAACAGCUGGAGGCCUCGGUUAACGAACGCCUGAAACAGCUCCAGGAUGCCCAUCGGGACUUUGGCCCAGGUUCCCAGCACUUCCUCUCCACCUCUGUCCAGGUUCCCUGGGAACGAGCAAUUUCACCCAAUAAAGUGCCGUACUACAUCAACCACCAGGCUCAGACGACAUGCUGGGACCACCCCAAGAUGACAGAGUUAUACCAAACGCUAGCUGAUUUGAACAACAUCAAAUUCUCUGCGUAUCGGACAGCCAUGAAGCUGCGCCGUGUCCAGAAAGCUCUGCGGUUGGACCUGGUGACUCUGGCCACAGCCUUGGAAAUCUUUAAUGAGCAUGAGCUACAGCCCAGCGAUCGCGUGAUGGACGUGGUGGAGGUCAUCCAUUGCCUGACUGCCCUCUAUGAGCGGCUGGAGGAGGAGAGGGGCAUUCUAGUCAACGUGCCGCUCUGCGUGGACAUGAGUCUCAACUGGCUGCUCAACGUUUUCGAUAGCAGUCGCAGCGGGAAGAUGCGAGCACUGUCCUUCAAGACUGGCAUUGCAUGUCUGUGUGGCACAGAGGUGAAGGAGAAAUUCCAGUAUCUCUUUGGCCAGGUGGCGAAUCCUGGCGGUCUAUGCGACCAGCGGCACCUCAGCAUCCUGCUGCAUGAGGCCAUUCAGGUUCCGCGCCAGCUGGGAGAGGUGGCAGCAUUUGGGGGCAGUAAUGUGGAGCCCAGUGUCCGCAGCUGCUUCCGCUUCAGUAACGGGAAGCCUGUGAUCGAGGUCGUUCAGUUCCUGGAAUGGGCCAACCUGGAGCCGCAGUCUAUGGUGUGGCUGGCUGUCCUGCACAGAGUGACCAUUGCUGAGCAGGUGAAGCAUCAAACCAAGUGCUCUGUCUGCAAACUGUGUCCCAUCAAAGGCUUCAGGUACCGCAGCCUGAAGCAGUUCAACGUGGAUAUCUGUCAGACCUGCUUCCUAACCGGACGAGCCAGCAAAGGGAACAAGCUCCACUAUCCCAUCAUGGAGUACUAUACUCCGACCACCUCUAGUGAGAACAUGAGGGACUUUGCUACAACUCUAAAAAACAAGUUCCGGUCCAAGCAGUACUUCAGCAGGCAUCCACAGAGAGGCUACCUGCCCGUCCAGUCUGUGCUGGAAGCUGACUUCACUGAGACACCAGCCUCCUCCCCGAUGUUACCGCAUGCCGAUACCCACUCCCGGAUUGAACACUUCGCCAGCAGGCUCGCAGAGAUGGAAAGCCAGAACUGUUCCUUGUUUAAUGAUGGCUUGUCCCCAGACGAUAGCCUGGAUGAGGAUCAGUACCUGUUGCGUCACUCCAGCCCAAUCACAGACAGAGAGCUGGUGCGCAGCCCAAAGGUUGAGGACAGCCUCAACACGGAGGAUAAGGGGGAGCUGGAGAGAAUCCUGGCCCACUUAGAGGCUGAGAACAGGAUCCUCCAAGGAGAGCUGAGACGUCUGAAAUGGCAACACGAUGAGGCAGCGGAGUCCCCCACUGUGACAGAAGGGUCUGCAGAAUCAGCCCAAGACCCACACAAUGAUGAACUCCUGGCUGAGGCAAGGAUCCUUCGGCAACACAAGAGCCGCCUGGAGACCCGAAUGCAGAUCCUGGAGGACCAUAACAAGCAGCUGGAAUCCCAGCUGCACCGCCUGAGAGAGUUGCUACUGCAGCCACCGACUGACUUGGACAUCAAUGGCUCUGCGGCCUCUUCCUUGACUUCUUCACCCCAUCCGUCAGAGGGAAGUCAGCCCAGGGAGAAGGAGCACAACACUCCUGAAACCGAAACUGCAGAUGAGGUGGAGACAAGGGCACGGGAUGUCAGUCUGUGUUUGGAGGACAUCAUGGAGAAACUGAGGAGUGCCUUCCCCAACUCCCAAGGUGUGACCUCCCUUAACUAACACCUCCUGGAGGUAAGAGGCUUUGUCUAACCAGCUUCUUGGUUGCUUUCCUCUCCCACCUCUCCCACUCCUCCUGGGAUGGGCUUCCCUUGGACCCUCUUGGGGGCACUCCAGUGGAAUGGCCUUCAUGAAGUCCACCAACGUCAGAAGAUCUCAGGGGAACUCCCACUGGCCAUGUGGGAAUGUGACUGAAGGCUCUUUGGAGUGCUGGCUGGAGCCACCCUGAGGACCAGCCAGUUCCGACCAAGUAUUCUGGGGUCUGAAUUUAAAGAACUCUAUAAAGCAUUCAAAAGAAACCCAGGAACUGAAACCAUGAGAUGGUGUUGAACAUGAAACACGAGCAGAGACUUCCCCCUCCCUUGCCGGUCACAAACUGUCGCCCUCCUUGUGACUGAUGUAAGACAGGUAAGGAAAUCGCCUACAGGGGAUGGCAGAGCCCAGUCCAGCCCAGCCUUGGCCCACUUCAGCAGUGUGGGCUGGUUCUGCUCCCAGACAGCAUCCUGCUGGGCAGCAGGCAGCCUAAUGCUCCCGCAGCAACUGGACAGUAAACAGCCUCUGAGCAUCUGUUUUAAUACCUUUUUUGUUAGCUGCCAAAGGCUGCGAGUGUAACUAACUGAACUCUGUCAAUUGCCUGCUACCCCAGGAUCUCCAGGUCCCAGCUGGGGGUGCUUGCCUAGUGGGAACAGUGCAGGAGAGCAAAAGGGGGAAGGGAGUAGUCAAUAAUACAGCUUCAGCCCAGCUAGUAGCCUUAUCUGGAGAGGAGCUUUAUAACAGAGAGCCGUAGCAUAUAUUCUGUACUUAAAUACUAUCAUGGACUCACUCAUGCAUUAAAUUUUAAUACCUUGUUCAGUGUUAAUUUCUGCCUCACUCAUUGGGUCUAUUCUAGUAUCUGCUUUUGAAGGGACAGCACCUUCAUUUACUCUUACAAUAUACCAUCAGAGGCAUGGUUUGUGCUGCCCCUGGCCUGGACACUCCCUCUAGCGGACCUCAGUGCAGUGGGCUUGACUAGUGGCGAUGAGUAGGAUGCAAAUCCAGGGUUCACUUCCCUUCCGAACUGUCUGUCACCAUAACACUGGGGUUGAGGCUGGAACAACCUCCCCUUCCACAGUUAUAAUAAGGGACCCCAGCUCCUCCCAUGAUGGAAAAUCCAACUAAACAAAACAGGUGGCUCUGAUCUAUCAGCUGAAUCCUGACACAUUGGAAAUGGGGGAUUAUCCCAGCAACAAAGACGUGUGUCUAGUAGGCUCUUCAUAUUCAUCUCUCCUGAGGCCAUUGGAGACUUUAGCUCUGGUCCCCUGGCUGCUCACCGACUUUGUGAUGCCCGUUUAGCAAUUCCAUCCCGUGCGGCAGGCUCUCCUCCAUUUCUCUGUCUGAUAGGUAAAUACGCUCCUUUUCUUCCAGGGUGUUGCAAGAGAAAUGGGCGAGCUCACAUCUCUUGGUGACUCUGAGCCAUUUUGAUGUAUCAGGACAUCAUGUUGUAUUGUGACGUGCUGUUGUGAGGUAGUGGCACUGGCCAGAGUGCUAUCA